CCAUUUUUAUGUAUAAUAAGUUUAAAGGUGCUGAAAUGGCGACCGCGGCGAAACGAAUUCUUGUGCUAGGAACGGACGGGGGUCUUCAAUCGAACUAUGCGCUGGAAUAUAUGACAAAACACGUGUACCGAGAAGGUGAUUACGUGUACGUGGUUUACUGCCCAAAGUUGAGGAUGCAGCAAAGAGGAUGUAGCGAUUUGGCGAACAUCGACAAAGAGAAAGCCUCCAAAAUAAUGACAGAAGAAAAAAAUAUGCUGGAUACUGAAGUCAGACUUUUACAAGACAAUCUGGACGAACUGAAGAUCAAAGGAGAAAUAAUAAUAGGGAACCCAGACAAAAGACCAGCCGAAGCUCUUCUUGAAACGGCAAAAGCGAAAAAAGCAGUAAUGAUUAUCAUUGGAUCACGUGGAGUUGGAAAAGUACAGCGCGAAAUUACAGGAAGCACCAGCGACGACAUCAUCUUGAAUGCCCACGUCCCUGUCCUCGUGUGCAAAGCCUGAUUUCUUUCAUUAUUUAAAAAUAUACCCGUUUUUAUAAUCCACUUGUUUUUAAGGCAUAUUGUCACAGACUACUGACCUAUUAAAUAACCUAACAAAGUAUUACCUAAAAAUAUAUAAUUUUGAUUUGUCCCU